AUAAACCACGGCCACCAUCAUCCAGCCCUUCUAGUAUUUCCCGCCGUACCCCUUCACUAGACAUACUCGCUGCUCCAUAUCUUGCUGGGCAAUGGCCUCGUGAUAAUCAUGGGCAAGUCACACCUUGUAUGAGGGAUAAAGCCACACAGACUGAGAGUGCUUGGGCUGAAGAAUACUUGGAAAAGAAAAAGGGAUCUCAUAAGCGCUCAGCAUCUUGGGGCAGUACUGAUCAACUCAAAGAGAUUGCCAAGUUACGCCAGCAACUGCAAAGAAGCAAACACAGCAGCAGACACCAUCGUGAUAAAGAAAGACAGUCUCCAUUCCAUGGUAAUCAUGCAGCUAUUAACCAGUGCCAGGCUCCAGUCCCAAAGAGCAUGCUGGUUCCUGUGAUACCAAUAGCUAAGUCAAGUGGAUCCCGUUUCCGUAAUAGCAUAGAAGGGCUGAAUCAGGAGAUUGAAAUAAUCAUAAAAGAGACUGGAGAGAAAGAGGAACAACUUAUUCCACAAGAUAUUCCCGAUGGGCAUCGAGCGCCGCCUCCGUUAGUGCAGCGUAGCAGCAGCACUCGCAGCAUUGACACACAGACUCCGGGAGGAGCAGAGAAAGGCAGUAACAACAGCAGCCGAUCUCAGUCUAUUUCCCCAGGCUCCUUCCUUGCUAUCUCCAACGAGGGCAGCGAGGAGAGCCCUUGCUCUGCAGAUGACCUGCUUCUGGAUCCCAGAGAUAAAGAGAAUGGAAACAAUUCGCCUCUUCCCAAAUAUGCUACAUCACCAAAACCCAACAAUAGCUACAUGUUCAAACGUGAACCUCCUGAAGGCUGUGAGAAAGUCAAAGUGUUUGAGGAAAGCUUGCCAAAACCUUUGCAUGAAAUUCCAGCCUUUUAUUGCCCUGACAAGAAUAAAGUUAACUUUAUUCCUAAAAGUGGCUCUGCCUUCUGCCUCGUCAGCAUUCUCAAGCCCCUUCUUCCCACGCAAGAUCUUACUCUCAAAGGUGCUACUCAUAAUCUGACCGUCACGACUGGGAUGACGCCCGCGCUGCUGCAACCUCUCUCCAUGGCCUCCCUUUCAGCAAACACAGACCAAGAGCGCCUCUCUCGUGGAACCAGCAAAGUAAUAUCACAGAUGUCUGUGCUCCAGCAGUCAGGACAUAGUGAAGAAACUGAAGGAUAAGCUCGGCGUGGCUAGUGGGGAAGGAAGGGGGGUUAUGGAAACAACUGUGAUUCAACUUUCUAGAUGACAUCUCUUUGUAUCACAACAAGCUGACAGUUCCAUAAACAGGUCAUAGUUACCUUACACACCAUGCCAUGAAUGUCAGCCUCCUGUGAGAUCUUGGAAAGAAGGAGCAGCAGAGAGCCAAACGCAUUUGGUCUUGGGAUGGUUCAAGUGCAGACUCUGAGAGCCAUGCUGCUUUGGUACCAUAAAGAAGGGAGAUCUCCACAAUUCCUCACAACUGGAGGGACCAAUUUUUUUUUUUUCUGAUACUUUUGUGUUUCAGUGUAAACUUCGAGUUUGAACAAUGAAAAAGACAUCCCAACUUUUCUUAGCAGGAUAUCUGCUUUCAGGAGGAAAAAACAAAGGAAAUCAUUUAAUUCAUAUGAAGAAAGUAUUUACAAAUGUGCAUUUUCUUAAUUUCAUCAUCAUCAUCAUCAGGAUAAUUGCACUUUUCUUGCUACAUCUUUUUCACUGGGACCAAUGGAUUGAAACUUUUUUUCAGUAUUCUCUCAUAAGAACAGCUGAUUUUGCUCCUUUCCCCAGAUUAGCGUAACAUCAUUCAGACAAAGAAGAAAAGCAAUAUUGCCACAUGCUGAAAGGGGUGGAUGGGGAAGGGGGAAAAGCACAUGUGCGGAAUUUCUUGUCUGGAAAUAGCAUUUUUAGUGCACGUCAGCUAAUCAUGUCAUGGGUUUAUUCCCAAUGUAUUUCAGGACAUGUUUCCAUCCUUUUUCCCCAGAACGCCAAUUAAAUGUCACGAAGGUGCCUCUUGGGACAACUUAGUUUUUUAUGUUACUGUCAAAAUCUUGAAUUGCCUUUGGCAUAUAUACCUGAUUCUAUCAUGUCUUGCCACUAUACUAUAUAAACCCUGUAGUCAGUCAUAUGAUCUUAAAAAGGGCCAUGCAUGCAUGGUGGUUUUUUGCUUGUCAAAGUACUGUUUUGUGGGUCUGUUGAGGGUAAUAGUUUGUCGGGCAUGAUAUUGUUGAAGCAAUUUAUUUCAAUGGACAUGUCUCCUUUUGGAGUAGCAAUAUUGUUAGGGUGUUAAGCUAAGAAUCUUGUUAUCCUUUCAUUGAUGUGGCCCAUUUCAUUUUUAGUGCUUUUUAAAAAAAAUCAAACUAUACUUGUGGAAGAAUUGAGGAUAAGAAAUUUAUGUUGUUAUGUUUGCUUGUGAAAGGGUCUGAGCUAAUAAUGGGUAGAAAAGUGUAUUUACCAAGCUGAUUAAAUGGCACAAGAUAUAGCCGUUGGGGGGAUAGUUAGAGAGAAGUUACAUUUAGAAAGCAAUAUAUUCUGGUAUCUCGAAGCAAACAAAAUUGUAGCAGUGUAACCUAUUCCAGACUGGCAGAUAAACAGACAUAGCAACGUCAGCAUGUUUUUGAUGCAGUGUUAGUUGGAAGUGAACCACAUCCACCUCGAGUGGAUCUUCGAUUUGUUUUGCUACAUUAGUAAUACAAUAUUUUAAAUGAUUACUCCUACAUUGUUUGGCCUCUUGAUUCUUAUUAAAAUUAAAUCAACUGAGUAAAACCUUGCCUUUUGAUUUACCCAGAUAGAGGGUUGAUUUGUCCAUUUAACAACAUAGGUUCGGAUGCAGAAACGUUAAAUGUUAUAAUAUCACUCUUAGUUUUUAAGGCACCAAAACACUCCUUUGCAUUUGCUUGC